UUGGAAAGGUAAGCAGGCAGCCUGGGCGCCCGGCGCUUCUUCGUCUUCUAGAAUACCCCAGCGUCCAAGCUGUUCUCUAAGCAAAGUGUGUUGAGUCAAACCGUAUGCCCGGGAGACUAGACCGGACUAGGCAGGAAAACACGCUCGUUGUCGGGAAUGAACGCCUCUGCCGUCUACUACAGCUGCGCGCAAAGUGAAGUGACGAUGGCGAUGAUUAUUGCCGUCGUGGAGGCAAGCAUCGCAUCUGUUUGCGAAGGAUUGAGACAGCUGGCAAGAAGAAAGCAACAGCAAAAGUGUGCUGAGGAUCUCCACGAGGACGUGACAGGUGGCUCGGCUGGACGUCGUCAGGCCGUUGGAAGAGGCUCGCCUUUCACGCGACACGAGGCAGGUAAAGCAGAGGAUGCUUUAUUAGGCAUCCGACUUGUCGACUCGUCCUUAUCUAUCAGCAAGGCUUGCUGCACCCCACGCCAUCCCGGAAGCCCUAUCUAUGUUGUGUCGCUCCUCCCCGUUGGUGAAACAAACACCCUCUCAUCUCGUGUGCACUCUUGACAUUUAAUCCGACCAGUUCGCGAGUCGCAAUCGUCGGAGCCCAACUUGCACCUCUCGAGAUUAGACCACUUGGACCCUGUCGGCGCGAGACUGAAC